AUGCCUAAACUAACAUCGAAACUUGAAGUUGGUCAAACAGAAAGUCAACACACAACAACUAUGCUAGCUACAAGGUGGAAAGAUAGAAGAGAUGUUUACAUGUUGACAACACAAUUUGAAAAUAAAAUGAUUGCUAUUGGUAAAAAAGAUCAUCAUGGAAACCAAGUAAAUAAACCUCUAUCUGUGUUGAAAUAUAAUGAAAAUAUGGGUGCUAUAGACAAAACAGAUAUGUUGUUGAGCUCAAUUGAAUGUGUGAGAAAAACCAUAAAAUGGUAUAAGAAACUGUUUUUCCACCUGGUAGAUCUAUCCUUACUAAAUGCAUAUAGUUCAUACAAUACUGUUACUGGAAAACAUUUACCAUUGGCAAGCUAUCAGUUUCAACUAGAGGUCUCUAUUUCACGUGUAUUUAAAAACACGGAUACCCGUGUUUUUAACAAAAUGGUGUUAAAGCCCGUGUAA